AUGUACUGGACGACCCUCAACCGCCUUGCCGUACUAGUGGCUUUGCUGCUGUAUGGAUCUCUCCUCAUCCACGCGGCAGCCGACACCGGCGUCAAAUCCAUUUUCCUCUUCAAGGAUGUGCUGCAGUCAAACACGACGGCUCUCAAGACGUCCGGCUUCGAUAGCCUCGUCAUCUUCCGGAUCGGCGUCCUGGACAACGGCGACCUGGUCUACUACUCGACCGGGGACGCCGGGGAGGCAGUCGACGCCCCUGUCGUGACAAACGGCGCGUACGUCGGCGGGGCGGCGCUGGCGGACAAGAUUAAAUCCUUCAAGACGGGCACGACCUACAUAAACAGGGUGGAGGUCUCGCUGGUCUCGCACGACACGACGUUCCAGAACAUCCGCGACCUGAUCAACGCCGACGGGCCGGGCCCCGACACCGUCUUGUACAAGAACUUUGAGAUCCUGAAGACGGAGUGGCACCUCGACGCCUUCAACAACGACGACGAAGGCGUCUACGACGUGUCGAGCACGGUCGAGUUCGCCCGGCUGCUGGGCGCCAUCGGCUACCGGUAUUCCAUUGCGCCGUACACAAACAGCGGCUUCUGGGCCACCGUCAAGCGCGACAUCGACGCCGCGGCCCCGGGCCUGUUCGACCGCGUGUACCUGCAGGUCUACGACGGCGGCGCCGGCAACAACCCGGGGUCGUGGCAGACCGCACUCGGGAUCAAGGUCAUCCCCCUCCUGUGGGUGGUCAACGACGCGAAGCCGUCGCAGGGCGUCACGGCGGGGCAGGCCCAGCAAAGGUUCGGCAGCUGGUCCUCGCAGUACGCCGUGGCCGGGGGUGGGUACUGGAACGACUACGACAUUGAGAAGAUGGGCUCGUCCUACGCCGACUACGCCGCCGCACUCGCGGGUGUUUUCCAAUGA